UUGAUUUAAAAAAAGAAAAAAAAAAGAAAAAAGAAAAAGGAGAGGGAAGCCAGUGUUGAUGGCUAAAUGACAAUGGAGAUGCGGACGACUAUGGCGACGUCGCUAAGCUAUCAUGAUGGUUGCUUGCAUGGUGAUAACGAUGGCGGUGAUGAUGGCGAUGACGAUGGGAAUGGCUGGGAGGAUGCUGACAGAUAUGGCCAUGGAUACAUGUUAAUGGCUCUGACGAUGGAGAUGCCGACAGCUAUCGCGAUGUGUGCUAGGUGUCUGCAAAUGCUUUGCUGUGGCUGGGCGAGGCGGCGAGUUGACGUAGAGUCGGCGCAAUACGCAGCAGAAUUCGGUUUGAUAGAAACAGAGGCAGGAAUACCCCCAGCAGUGGAGGCACAUUUUGGCAUACUACCGGACCAGAUUUCAAAGCUAGCUGAAGAUGGCGAUAUUGAGGGUUUGAGAUUGCUUGGGGGUGUGAAGGGUGUAGCAGCUGGUCUGAAGGUUGACUUAGAGAACGGGCUGCCGGAGAUGGCAGAGGACACAUGGAGACGGAUUCAAGUUUAUGGAACAAAUACUUUUCCAUCAAAAGAGUUGCGCAGUUUCUUUUCUUACGUUGUGGAGUCGUUUCAAGAUCUGACGCUGAUCAUUCUGUCCCUCUGCGCCAUUGCAUCACUUGUUCUGCACAUGGUCUCCGUGUCGGUUAAGGAGGGCUGGUACGAUGGUGUGGGGAUUGCUUUCGCCGUCAUUAUCGUAGUGGUUGUUUCAUCAACAGUGGACUAUCAGCAAGACAGGGCAUUUCAGGCAUUGAACAAGGAGAAGCAAAGGAUCCCUGUGAACGUCGUAAGGCGAGGGAAGAGAACGAAGGUCAUCAUAUUUGAUCUUCUAGUUGGGGACAUAGUCUACCUUGACAUUGGUGAUCAGGUUCCUGCAGAUGGACUUCUGAUCAGUGGCCAUUCAUUGCUUAUUGAUGAGUUGUUGAUGAAGCUCAUGCUUAUGCUCUUCAGCAUACCCGCAUGCAUUCGCGCUGCAGAGCCUUGAACAUGUUCAUUCGCGGGCCUUGCUCUGGCCAAUGGACAACCGAUUCAGGACCAGACAGCCUUUCCGUUUCUCAGAUUCUCCAACAUCUUCGCUUUGUUGUAGAAAACACUUUUCUGUACACUAGAGAUGGCACUCUUCGAAAGCAAAUCAUUGGUAUUCCAAUGGGAACAAAUGCUGGCCCAGAAA